AUGUACGUCGUCUACCUCCGUUCCAGCCCCGCUCGCUUUGCAGCUUUGCUCGUCGACCCAAAAGAUGAUCUUCAAACGAGUCAAUUGCAAGAUGAGAUCAUGAAAAGCAUCAGAGAGGAGUGGAAGACAAUCGUGCAGAUGGAGAACAAGGCGAGCUCCAACCAGCUGCUGCAACAGAGGUGCUGUUUCACGCGAUGGGUGUGCUACCGCGAGCCGAUGACAUGCUUGGAGCUGGAACAAUGGUCCAUGACGGACAAGGCCAGGGGUCUGUUGCUUAGUUGGCACCCCAGCCUGGCUUUCAGUGCCAACGUGGAGCAGGUUUUUGCUGCAGUGGAAGAUAGCUGCAGACGUGGAGUGAAAAAUUUCAAGGCGAGCAUGGCCAACUUGCAAUGCCUUGCCAUUCGUGCUGUGGAGCAGAAGCUGACUGCAAAUGAGAACGAACGGGAGGCAGGCAAGACAGACCGGGCUCGGGCCGUGAAGCUGGGUGUGGAGGACUUCGAGGGCAACGAGGUCCGUGCCCUGAAAGCCCUCCAGAUGGAUGAGAUUGGCAUGAUCUUCAAGGGCAGCCUUCCUGCCUGUGUGGUGGACGAGACAAAGGUGAAGCAAGGCGACAGCAGAGCUGGAAUGCAGGACUGUCUUGCAGAGCAUGAGCAGGUGAAGGUUCUUGCUUUCCGGCUUCAGAAGUACCUUUGCAGAAUGAGGGUUGAAGUUUUCAGUUACACGAUUCAUUUCGUCGGCCCUCGCCUCUGCGACAAACUUGGAUGUGCUGCUGUUGUUCGAAGAUGCCAAGCCGGGCAGAAGCUGCUUGUCUGGAUGAUCCGCAGCAAGGACAUCGUGAAGGUGACUUCGGAGAGUUUGUCUCAGUUGGCUGCCGAACACGGUCUUCAAAUUCGGCGAAACAGCACCAAGAGUGCAAAGAUCCGUGCCCUGUGCCAGCUCCCAGAAGUCACCGCAGCAUGCACACCGGCCGAGCUCGAGGCUUUGGAUGAGUUGUUGAAGGAGAUAGAUGAAAAACGCCGGAAACGCACAAAGGCCAGCGAGGCCGAAAAUCAGGAGGACGACGAGGCAGAUCUCUUGGAAGAGGAGGAUGAGACAAUGGCAGCCGCCAGACAGCUGCUGGAGCAGGUGCAGAAGCAGGAUGACGAGGAGGAAAAUGAUGCCGAUGCUGAAGGCAGGAAGCCUGAUGAAGCGCCUGAUGAGGCGGCUGAUGAAGCAGCAGCCCCUGCAGCGGCAGAAGCUCCCGGAGAAGAUGUAAAGCGAGCUUCGCGGCGGUUGCUGAGCUCUUGCCACGCCGUGCCCGGCUUCCUGACGGCGAAGUUCAGGAUGAGAGAUGAUGUGGUCAUCUCGCACGUGGGGCAUCGGUCGAAUGUCCUGCCCCACUUUCAGGUUCGGCUUCCAGGUGAGGAGAAGUACGAUGGAAAGCACAGCUGCAGUGCAAGCUACAACCCUGACAUCUCCAAAGAGCAGCUGGAUGAGGCGAUCGACAGGGUGAGUUUGCUGCCGGCCAGACAACGGUCGAUGAUGCAAGCAUGGUACAUAUGCUACAAGUUUCAAGCCGAGUCCGAAAAAAACAAGCGGCGGAAGCUUUCUCGCUGGACCUCUGCCCUGGCUCUCUUCGAGGACCUCAGCGCCGGUGGAUCUCCGGAUGUGAUAUGCUUCAAUGCUUCGCUAAGUGCCUUGGAGAAGAGCGAGAGAUGGGAUCUGGCUCUUCAGACGCUCAAAAAGAUGUCUGCCGCCGCGUCUGAUCCCAACCUUGUCUCCUUCAACGCCACCCUCAGCUCGCUGGCGCGGCGCUGGGUGCAGGCCAUUGAGCUCUUUUCACGUCUGCCGACGGCUUCGCUGGUGCCCGAUUCUAUCAGCUUCAAUGCAACAGCCGGAGCCUGCGAGAGGGGCGGACAGUGGCAGGUUGCUGUCGCUUUGCUCUCGCACAUGGCGUGCACGAGAAACCCUUGCAUGGUGAUCAGCCAGAAUUCUGCCAUCAGCACUUGUGAGAGGCGUGGGCAGCAGUUCCAUCGCUGGCUGCCGCCCACGGCCUCCAGUUGGAUCUUUGGGCCAAGGACCUGA